UUUAUAAUCAUUAAUCAUUAUUAAUAUUUUUCUCUUUUUUUACGAUUUUAUAUUUAUAAUACUUCAUUAGAAAAAAUAUUCUGGAAAGUAUAAUAGAUUUUAUAAAAGUAACAUUUUAAAAAUAAUGGUUUAAAUACAAAUGAAACACUUUGAUGAAGUAGAAUGUAAGUUCGAAGUAAGGUGUAUAAAGGUGGAAGAGAUAGAUGGGAUUCCAGAGUGGAUCUACAAGGAAGUAGGCUGGACUACUAAUGAUUGCACAUUUCUCAAGAUAUGCUACGAUAUAGAUCCCAAGGGUUGGUUUGUGGCUGUCACCUCGAAUGAAGACAUCAUUGGAACCUUGUUGAGUGCCAACUUAAACGAUAAAUAUUCGUUCGCUGGCUUGUUCGUAGUCUCUAAGAAGCACAGAUUCCGAGGAGUAGGAAAGAAACUAUUAGACAAUAUGUUUAAACACGUUGCUCAUAGAUGUUUGGGCAUCAAUUCCGUCGAAGAAAGAGUCUCCUCAAAUCUUAAAAUGGGAAUGACUCAACCAUUAUUUAAAAUUUCCAUAUUCAAAGGAUCUUUAAUACGCAACUGUCCGAUACUUGAUUCUUCAACAAAAUAUGCAUCCAUUGAUGAUCUUACAUCAUUACCUAUUACAAUUAAUGGAAUGACGUGUAAUCAGUGCAAUAUUAAAAAGCAGGACCACCUCCGGAAUAUUUAUGGGACAAACCUAGAGUUAGAGAUAAAGGAAACCACCGAAAAAAAUCAUUUCUGCAGAUGCCUGAGCACUAGGAAUACUGGUUUCACAAAAUAUAUAGAUAGCAUGGCAAUACCAAGAAAUGAAGAUAGUUAUUUGAAAUUUAUGGAUGGCAUGGAUAUCGAUUUAAAAAGCCUAUAUGAUUACGAUAAGGCGAUUCACGGUGGGGUGACUAGAGAAAUUUUUUUGAAGGCCAUUAUACAGUUAUCUGUGAAGAAUGACCCGGCAUACAAAGUAAAAUGUAUAGUAGCAGUUAAAAGCACUGAAACGAUGGCAAACGAAUCGCAAGCUUCAUCUGCGCAGAUAUGCGGUUACGGAAUUAUACGCCCUAGAUGGAUGCCAACUUCAGCCAAUCAUGAAAUGGUUACUUCCCCUUGCACCAAUGAUUCGAUUCAUCUAACUUCUGAGCGUUUCAUGAUUAUAGGCCCGUUAUACGCCGAUAGUUCAAAUAUUGCCAACAAAUUAUUAAAAGCUCUCCUAGACUCGGUCCCAUCCGAAUGGUCCAUUAAUGUUGAGUUAACCGUUCCUUUCAGGGCAAAUGACGGAUUUGCCUGUAAUUCUCACGAUUCAUCCCUCAAUCCAAAUUUCUUGUAUGUGGCUGCUACCAAAGCGUUAGGACUUACUAAAGGAACAGAUUGUUACAGAAUGUAUAAAAACGAUAUUCUGGAAACAGUGAACAUGUGCGAAGAGAAUCUUGAAGAAAGUGAACCUAUAAAAAAUAAUAAUGAAUAUGCUAACGGAAAACUAAAUCUUGUUCCUAUGCCUAACAUUUUAAUGGAAAAGGUUUAUUCUUUUGUGAGCUCGGAUUGUUUCUUAAUUUGAACAACUCCGAUCUAAUAGUUUUUAGCAGAAUAUAUUACUAAAAUGCCUUUAAUAGCUAUUUAAAAUAUAAAUUAAAUAUUUUAAAUUAAAUGACAAUUUGAAAUUCGUUUAAAAUAUGAAUAAAUUUAAUCCUAAAAGAUAUUAAAGUUUAUAUUUAUAUAUAAUAUAUAACUUUUAAUGAUUUUUAAUUUAUUUAACUAUUAUAAUAACCUUAAUAAUUUAAUAGGCCUAUGAAAUAAAAAAAAUCUAAAAUAAAUUACUAAAUGGUUACUUAUAGUUAUAUAAUAUUAAAUAAUAAAUAUUACAACAGAAAUAUCGGCGGAUUACAAAAAUUUAAAUGUGAUAAGGGAAACAGCUCAUUAAAAAUAACCCUUUUUUAAAAAAUUUGGAUUAAUAUUAAAUUAAUAUUUUUUAUUUUUAGAAAUAUAAGAUGAUUUUUAAAAAUUGAACAAGCGUAAAACACACGUAUUCUUUAAAUAAGAAACACGUUCACAUCAAAGUUCGUCAAAAUUAAAGCGAACGCCGUUCAUGAAUUUAAAAAAAACUUUGUCCGCGUUCGUUUAUAACAUUAUAAUCUCAACAUGUAUGUGAUAAGCUAAUCUACGUUGAUAUACAAUCCCGAAUGUUAAAUUUUUUAAAUAAGUCUCUUAAAUGAAAUAAUUAACCUUUACUCUGGAGGUAGUGUUCUUGUUGACUCAAAGGGACGGCAUAGCCUACACUGCCGUUCAUGCAAAGGCGCAUCUCUAGACACAAUCAAUGCAAUUCCAUUAUUCAACGCGCCCCUUAUUCCCAAAUUCCAUUAAUCCUCAGACCUCUCGGUCAUAUAAGAUGUUGGAAAACAUCCAGUUGGCAUAACCCAAAUUCUUUGGAAAAGGGGUCCUAAAUUGUUAUUUUAACAUCUUCUCAAAGAGCUGUCCAAAAUAAAUAAAUAUUCGGAAAUAUCCAAAAAACACUACACAAUAUUUGGUGGUCGAGCCUUAUCCAUAAAAUUAUCGAUUAACCCGAAAGAUUUUUCUUAACUUAGGCAAAGGCUUUAUCGUCAUACAUAAAUCUAAUAGUUUCAUUGAAGCCUCCUUGGACCAACCUAACUUUUUUAAACAUAUUUAUAUAUCGUUAAUAUUUUAUUUUUUUUAAAUCUUUUAUGUAUAAUGUAUUUAAAUUAUUACAUGUUUUGAUUCGAGUUAAUAAAGAUAUAAUAUCAAACAAAA